AAGAAAAAAAACUUGGCAAGACAUGACCCGGAAAUACUCUCUUUGAGGUGCGCCAUAACGACAUGCAAAACACCAGAUCCUAUAUUUGUUUUUAUCUGAGAUGUCUUUUUUAGCCAGGCGAUGCGGAGUGCAAUUCAACCCGCCGUCUAUGAUUUUGAUAUAUGAAAUUGAGCACACAAACAAGAUUCGUAAAAGAAUUAUACCUUUAAAGAAUUUUUCAGAAAAAUCAGACUGCUACAAGGCUGCUGAGAGACUAAAGAACCACACCAGACACAAGGCAUACUUUGAGCAUGUCUCAUUAGAGCAACUGGAGAGGCUUCACAUAAUUCUGCGAGAUCAAAUUCAAGGCUGCAGCUUAGAACAAAGCCUUGAUUCACUUUGCCUAAACCCUGAAGAAGACCUCAACAAGCUGAGCGACAAGGACCUGAACCGCAAGAAGGCUGAAAUGGACAAAAUAUUCGAGCGAAACCGUAGGCAUAAAGAUGACCUUAACUUUGUUUAUGACCUGGAAGUGGAAUUCACUGAGGCUGCUCAAGAAGUAUGCAGCUGGGAUGAAGAGUCUAAUGAUGGGUUUUGAAGGGCAAUGUUUAAAAGUUAAUUGUGAGAAUGCUGUAAAACUAUUGUUUUCCUGUUUCUCUUUAUAAUUAUUCAAACUUCUUAGUUCUUCCGUAGGUUUUUUGGCCUUUAACUAGUCCUGCAUACUUUCACCGAUUCCUACAAUUUUGGUAUCAAAACGUUCAGCUCCUUCAGGAGAUGUUGGCUAUGACCUUUGGUAUUUCUCACUUUUAUACUUUUUAAGACAUUAAUGUUUUUGUGCAAAUUAUUGUCCCAUUAAAAGUAAUGGUAAAUCCUUUGAAAUCAUUAAAAAGCUUCCUCCACUUUCAAACUUA